CCAAACUAUUCCCUCUUCCCGAGAACUGAUUUGGCAGGGACUGUGACGUCAUUAGAUGAACACGCCCUCCGCCCGCCUCCGUCCAAAAUUUGUCUGUUCGGGAGACUUUCUUUUUUUUCCCUCCCCUACGAGGCAGAACGCUUCUGUUUGUUUCAAAAAAUGUCCUUGAGCGGCAAAAGCGAUGACGAGCUCAGCCAGUUGCUGACCGACUACGGCAUUAAACACGGACCCAUAGUCGACUCCACUCGCAAGUUGUACGUGAAGAAGCUCGAGGAAGCCAUGCAACAACUGCCAGUGAAACCCUCCUCUGAUAAGACUUACUACAGAGAGGAAGAAGAGGAGAUUACAUACGUCACGUACCGGAGCCCGGUCAAACAUGAAUGUUAUGAAGACAUGCUGAAAAGGAGAUUCAACAGUGAACCGCAUGAGGAUGAGGAAUCAGACGGAGAGACACAGCCCGUCCAGCGUUGGAGUAGAACAGCCAAUCAGAACGCUGCACACUCCAAGGAGGCGGUCCGGUCUGGAUGCAGCGCAUGGGGAGUGAUGAGAAUGCUCCUGCUGCUCGCGGUGUUAGCGGCUGCCUACUACACCUAUUGUCACAUGACCAAAGACGAAAGUCCUUUCAAGCUUCAAUAGUCAAUAAAUCGCCACUUGGAGGAUCCCGGGUCAUUUCCGUGACUUAUAGCUUGCUAUAUUUUGGGGGUAUUUGUUGCUGAACUCUUUUGUUUCUAAAAGACACUGACGUUUUUCAGACAUUUAAAAUUUGGGCAAUGCUGUCUGCAAAUCCCAAAUAUGAAGACACAUCAAUGUUGUGUUGGUUCCUAGAUAGCAAAUGUGACAAUCGUUUUACAAGUAUUGGAGGCCUCUUGGGGCACUUAUUGUUACAUUGGAGCAUUUACCAAAGUUACUGGAAUUCCUUAACGAAGGCAUAAUAAAUAAGAACAGUUUCA